CCGGCCGCUGCAGACCUGUGAGUGGGCUUCCCCGCUUUAAACAGGGGGUCCGCAUUGCCGCCCCCACACACAGACCCUCAGGAGCCUCCUGCAGACAGCAAAGCUCAGUUCAGGCUCAGGACGCUGCCGCCGCCUGGUUCCGCUCGUCUGCUCUGUGUCCUGCAGGGAUGAACUGGGGUUUUCUGGAGAACGUUCUGAGCGGAGUGAAUAAGUACUCCACGGUGGUGGGGCGGAUCUGGCUCUCCGUUCUCUUCAUCUUCCGUAUCCUGGUCUUCGUGGCUGCGGCGGAGCAGGUGUGGAAAGAUGAAAACAAGGAGUUUGUCUGCAACACCAAGCAGCCCGGCUGCGAGAACGUCUGCUUCGACCGGUUCUUCCCCAUCUCUCAGAUGCGACUGUGGGCGCUGCAGCUGAUCAUGGUGUCCACUCCGUCCCUGCUGGUGGCGCUGCACGUGGCGUACCGGGAGCACCGAGAGAGCAAGCAUGGCAGGAAGCUCUACGAGGAUAAAGGCAGGAUAGACGGGGGCCUGCUGUGCACCUAUCUGCUCAGCCUGAUUCUGAAAACCGCCUUCGAAGUGGGCACUCUUCUGACCUUCUACUUCCUGUACGACUUCAACGUACCCAGGCUGCUGCGGUGCGAGGAGAGCCCCUGUCCCAACACCGUCGACUGCUACAUCUCCAAACCCACGGAGAAGAAAGUCUUCCUGUACAUCAUGGCCUGCACGUCCAUCCUGUGCAUCGUACUCAACGUGACUGAGAUGCUGUACAUCAUGUCCAAACAGUGCUGGAAGUGCUUCAGUAAGAGGUACAUUCCUGUGGACCACAAGGGGGCGUGCCGGUGUCAUCCUCCACCCACCCUCAUCCUGGGCUCACCUGGACUAAAGCCUGAAUCUGUGAGCAAAGAGAUGAUUCAGUUUCAGUCGACACAGACAGUGAAGGAACCAACCUGAGCAGCACGUUCAGUUCUACACACAGAAAUAUGUAUAUAUACAGUAUACAUAGCAACAUAUACGUUUUUUUCCUGUGUGCCUUUAUAUUUA